AGAUCAAUGUUGGCACGAUACCGUUGUCGCGACCUGGUAUUCCUGCUUUAGAAUGCAUAAGAAAGAAGAUGAAUCUGUUGUUUUACCCCUAUCUCAAGGUGAUUGCGAGGCAUCAAGAGAUACGAGCACUCGUUCGUUUACAGGACUGCGCACUUAUGGGAAACUGGUUUGUGAAAUACUUGAGAGAAAAGGAACGGCCACUUUUGAUGAGAUUCUAGAUGAGAUAGAUAAUGGCACUGAUAAGGAAAAGGCUACACGAAGAAUAUACGAUGUUCUUAAUGUUUUUCAAGCCAUGGAUAUCAUAUCAAGAAAUGGAAGAAAUAUCAAUUGGUUAGGUUACAGCCAAGAGGAACAGCAAAUGAAGGCAGAAAAGGAAGGCCUCGAAAAAAAGGUUGAAAAGAAAACAAAAGAGCUAGAGCAACUUUUUGUGCAGUUACAACAUUUUUCAUUUUUCUUUGAGUUUGGUGUGGUCUUUGCGCAAGAAAAUCUAGAUACGAGCACUCGUUCGUUUACAGGACUGCGCACUUAUGGGAAACUGGUUUGUGAAAUACUUGAGAGAAAAGGAACGGCCACUUUUGAUGAGAUUCUAGAUGAGAUAGAUAAUGGCACUGAUAAGGAAAAGGCUACACGAAGAAUAUACGAUGUUCUUAAUGUUUUUCAAGCCAUGGAUAUCAUAUCAAGAAAUGGAAGAAAUAUCAAUUGGUUAGGUUACAGCCAAGAGGAACAGCAAAUGAAGGCAGAAAAGGAAGGCCUCGAAAAAAAGGUUGAAAAGAAAACAAAAGAGCUAGAGCAACUUUUUGUGCAGUCCGAAACGUACACKUCAUUACUUUUGUCCAAGAAGAACGUCGUGAAAGACCAACAACAGGGUGUCAUCAACUUGCCUUUUAUAGCAGUCAGAACAAGCAAGAACACCAAAAUACAAUGUUAUACAUCGAGCGAUGGGUUCCAGUAUCUUUUCAAGUUCGAGAGACCUUUUGAUAUUCUUGACAACACCGAGGUCUUGCAAAGGAUGCUUUCAACCUAUAACCGCAAAAAGUGAUGAAUGUCAUUAUAUAUUCCCCUAAUAAAUGAAAC